UUGUGUUCAACAUUAGUUGUUUAAAUAUCAUUUUCAUCAUCAUCAUUGCUUAAUGAUGGCUUUGUUUAAUCAAUUUUAUUGUAAAUAUCAAACAACAGUUAACAGAUCAAACACCGCCAGAAAUCAACAUUAUUUAUUAUCAUCAUCAUAUUUAUUUAAUUUGAUAAUUCUAAUCAUUAUUUGUAUAACAACAUCGAUAAUCGAUGCAAGUGAUCAUUGUAAUAAUGAACUAAUACAUUCGAAUUUUGAUGAAAGAGGCAUUAGGAUUACAUCAUCAUCGGAUAUAAGUAAAGAUAAAAGUGCUUAUUCUGCCAUACUUCAUGGCGAAUCAUCAUGGACAGCAGCAUAUGGAAAUCUUAAACAGUAUCUAAUCAUCGAUCUAGACAAACGUUAUAUGGUGAAAGCAAUCGCUUCACAAGGACAUCCCAAUUCAAAUUCAUUCGUAUCGGCUUACUAUCUAUCAUGUUCAGAUGAUGGCCAUUUUUGGAAUGCUGUCUACACACGCAAUUCUACAUAUAAAGAGUUAUUUCAAGGAAAUACUGAUGGCAACAGUGUGGUCAUUAAUCGCUUUGACCCACCUAUAAUUGCUCAAUUUGUUCGAAUCAAUCCGACCCGAUGGAGAGAUCGUAUAUCGAUGCGUAUCCAAUUAUAUGGAUGCGAUUAUCAUGCAAUUUCGUUAAAUUUUGAUGGAAAUUCUUAUAUUAAAAUGAAUCUCGAUAUUCGACCUAUAUCAUCAUCAUUCGAUGAUGUAUUCCGUUUUCGUUUCCGUACGAAUGAAGCAUUCGGUAACAUCUUAUACGGUACCGGUAUUCAAGGAGAUCUAAUGGCCUUACAGUUAAUCGAGAAUAAACUUGUUUUAACUCUUGAUUUGGGCGAAAAUAUUGUCGAUUCCAUAUCGGCUGGUAGCCUACUUGACGAUAAUCUUUGGCACGAUGUAUUUAUCUCAAGACAGGGUCGUGAAUUGACAUUCAGUGUUGAUCGUGUCGUCGUCAAAUAUCGUUUGAAAACAGAAUUUAAUCGUCUUGAUCUUAAUAAUGACCUUUAUAUUGGUGGCCUUCCUGGUUAUUUGACCGGUUUCAUCAAUACACGAAAAAAUUUUACCGGUUGUAUUGAGAAUCUUAGUUUUAACACUACCAACAUUGCCCAUGAAAUUCAAGAUGAUUAUAAUAACAAAAAUUUUGUUUAUAAAAUUUUUGGAAACAUUCAUUAUACUUGUCAAUUUCAACCUGUGAUACCGAUUACAUUCAACACACGAGAAUCACAUAUAAAUGUUUUGGGUAAUAUGAACAAUGUGCUCAAUGCUAGUUUAGAUUUUCGAACAUUCAACGAUUAUGGCCUACUCCUUUAUCAUCAAUUUUCAAUUAAAGGCUUUUUCGCCAUUUUUCUCAAAGAUGGAAAACUAACGUUAAAAAUUCAAGGUGUUGAUCCGACGACUGGAGAAGAAACGCCACAAGUUCCACUUGAACCAUUUGAUCGUAAAUUGAACGAUGGCUCAUGGCAUAACGUUCAGAUAGCAUUACAACGAAAUCGAAUCAUUUUGACAUUAGAUGGUAUUCCGAGUACGACUAUUCGAACAUUCCAGAUGCAAACUGGACAAAAAUAUACAAUUGGGGGUGGCAUUCAAUCAUAUCGUGGAUUUAUUGGUUGUAUGCGUUGGAUUUACAUUGAAAAUCGUUUCAUCAAUCCCGAAUUGAUUGGCUCCGAAAAUAUACACAAAGUUCAAGAAAGUGAUAUCACUAUAAAAUCAUGUCAAAUGAUUGAUCGAUGCCAUCCAAAUCCUUGUGAACACGGUGGAACAUGUAAACAAAAUCAUUUAGGUUUUGUUUGUGAUUGUGGUGAUAGUGGAUAUCUUGGUGCUGUUUGUCAUGUUCCUAGACAUCCAUUCUCUUGUACCGCUUUCAUGAAUGAUAAUCCGAAUACAAAACGUGAAGAUAUCAAAAUCGAUGUUGAUGGAAGUGGACCAUUAGAACCGUUUUGGGUUACAUGUUUGCAAACGGCCGAAAAUACAAUCGAAACUGUGAUACAUCAUCAGAAUGAAGCGUCACAAAAAGUGCAAGGAUUUUUACAACCAGGUUCAUAUAUUCAAGAUAUAAAGUAUGAUGCACCUUUAGAACAGAUUGUUCAUCUCGUUAAUCGUUCCGAUAAUUGUCGUCAAAAAUUGAAAUAUGAAUGUCGUAACGCACGGCUUUUAAAUUCACCAUCUCAAAAGCAAUCAUUUUCACCGCAUACCUGGUGGGUAUCAAGAGAUAAUCAAAAAAUGGACUAUUGGGCUGGUGGAUUGCCGGGAACACAAAAAUGUAAAUGUGGAUUAUACGGGAAUUGCUUUGAUCCUAAAAAAUGGUGCAAUUGUGAUUCAAGUUCAAAUCAAGAACUUAUGGAUGAAGGUGAAAUCACACAACUUGAAUAUCUACCGGUACGACAGAUUCGUGUUGGUGAUACUGGUCUAUCUAGCCAACUAAAUGAUCGUUAUGGCCGUUUUACAUUAGGCUCAUUAAUUUGCGAUGGUGAUCGAUUGUUUCACGAUAUUGUUACAUUCCGUUACAGUGAUGCUACCAUUGAAAUUCCAUUGACUCAAAAUUUUGAACAAGCCAGCGAUAUUUAUUUGCAAUUUAAAACGACCACGGAAUAUGGUGUAUUGUUCCAUGCUACUGGACCUGAAGAUUUCAUCAAAUUAGCUAUUGUUAAUGAUAAGACUAUUCAAUUUAGUUAUAGUUCGGGCACCGGAUUACAACAGGUUUCAGUGGAAGCACCUUUCCGUUUGAAUGAUAAUCAAUGGCAUUCAAUUUUGGUGGAGAAGAAUAAAAAAGAAGCUCGUCUAGUGGUUGAUAGUCGUUACACGAAUGAAAACCGAGAAAAUGCUGACAAUAGUUUUCCAUUAUAUUUAACGAGCUAUUUCAUAAUCGGUGCCACCACUGAAUAUCGUGAAGGAUAUUUGGGUUGUAUGCGAGCACUGGUAAUCAAUGGUGAACCUGUAGAGCUACGAAAAUAUGCUCGCGGUAAUUGGGGAAUCUAUGAAGGUUGUGUUGGUAAAUGUGAAUCAAGUCCAUGCUUGAACAAUGGAACCUGUAUCGAAGAAUAUAAUGGCUAUAGUUGUGAUUGUCAAUGGACUGCAUUCAAAGGGCCUAUUUGUGCUGAUGAAAUUGGUGUCAGUCUUCGUUCGGAUUAUUAUAUUCGUUAUGAUUUUGAAACGACCAUUUCUACAAUGGAAGAAUAUAUUCGUGUCGGUUUUACCACAACCGAACAUCGUGGUCUAAUUUAUGGAAUUUCAUCUUACACAGGAGAAUAUUUAAAUCUUCUCAUGUCAUCAAGCGGUCAUUUAAGACUGGUGUUUGAUUUUGGUUUCGAACGUCAAGAAAUCAUUAUUAAGGAGGAAAAUUUCGCUCUUGGUCAACAUCAUGAUAUUACGAUCCGUCGUGCGGAUAAAGGAAGCAAAGUAAUUAUCUGGGUUGAUAAUUAUGAACCGAAAUAUUAUACAUACAAAAUAAGCGAUAAAGCUGAAACACAAUUUAAUCGUCUCAAAAGUAUCUACAUUGGUCGUAAUGAAACAAUGGAUUCGGGUGAAGGAUUUAUUGGUUGUAUAUCUCGGGUAAUUUUUGACGAUCAUUUUCCGUUACGACGAUUAUAUCAGGAAAAUAAACGCAGUAAUGUGCGAGCUUUUCCAUCGGAUGCCGAAAUUUUUGAAGAUAAAUGUGGCAUCGAACCACCCACACAUCCACCAGAUGUCCAUGAAGCACGACCACCUCCAACACUACGACCUGGCGAUAAAAUUCCGGGUGGAUUUUCGCCAGGUUCAACAAGUGCGAUAAUUGGCGGUUUUCUUGCUGCAUUGGUUGUUCUAUUAAUAUUAUUCUGUUUUGCAAGUAGUCGCUUUAUUGCCCGUCAAAAAGGUGAAUAUGUAACUCAUGAAGACCAAGGUGCUGAUAGUGCCUUAGAUCCAGAUACUGCCGUUGUAAAGGGUACUACUGGACCUGAUGUUUCGGUUAAACGUGAAUAUUUUAUCUAAAAAACACAUUGAUAUAAAUCUAUGAUUGAAAGUAAAUUUUUUAUAUUUA